CCGGAACCGGCCCGGACCCCGACCCCGACCCCGGUCACUGGAACGUCCGGCCGGCGUUACCAUUUCUCAGAGUGAGAAACUUCAAAUGCGACAAGCAGGUUUUAUUUACCUGCGGGUUUUUUGAAUAAUCCUCCCAAUCGGCCUGCGGGGAGCCCUCCGGGUUACUGCGUCCAUUGUCAUUCAAAGAGCAGCUACUCUUGUAAUUCCAGAAAUGAGCGGUGGCUUGGCGCCCAGUAAGAGCACAGUUUAUGUAUCCAACUUGCCUUUCUCCCUAACAAACAAUGAUUUAUACCGGAUAUUUUCCAAGUAUGGCAAAGUUGUAAAGGUUACUAUAAUGAAAGACAGAGACACUAGGAAGAGUAAAGGUGUUGCAUUUAUUUUGUUUUUGGACAAAGACUCUGCCUUAAACUGCACCAGAGCAAUAAAUAAUAAACAGUUAUUUGGUAGAGUGAUAAAGGCAAGCAUCGCUAUUGACAACGGAAGAGCAGCUGAGUUCAUCCGAAGGCGAAACUACUUUGAUAAAUCUAAGUGUUAUGAAUGUGGGGAAAGCGGACACUUAAGUUAUGCCUGUCCUAAAAACAUGCUUGGAGAACGUGAGCCUCCAAAGAAGAAAGAAAAGAAGAAGAAAAAGAAAGUCCCUGAACCUGAGGAAGAACUUGAGGAAGUAGAAGUGAGUGAAGAAGAAGGAGAGGACCCGGCUCUGGACAGUCUCAGUCAGGCCAUAGCCUUCCAGCAGGCCAAAAUUGAAGAAGAGCAGAACAAAUGGAGACCCAGCACAGGGGGCCCCUCAGCCUCAGAUGAUUCUAGACGGCCAAGAAUAAAGAAAAGCGCGUACUUCAGUGAUGAAGAAGAACUCAGUGAUUAAAAUCAUAUUUUGUAAAUAUCAUUCAAAUAAAAUCUUACUAU